GAGAGCAUCUGCCCGAGCCGAUCCCUAACCCCAAGUCCCCUCCUGACGAGGGCUGUGAGUCAAGUCCACGACCGCGAAGCCACCCCCACGUACGCUACUCGCGCCCCGACGAGCCCGCGCCACUUUCCGCUUGCCGAACCCGACCGCCAAAAAAAUGAUCCCCCGGCCCGGGGAGCGUGCCCCUCGCCUCAGACCCCGGAUCUGAGAUCCGUUCGUCUACCCAUGAGUCAUUUUUUCCGGCUUUUCCUGCCGUCGAAACUUGGUUUCCGCUCCCCAGCCUGCUAACCUUCGCCCCCGCCGAACCGCCGACCGUUCCCAGGUGAUCCAGUCCCCCCCGGUACACAGUUUUGCCUCUGAUAUGUAAAAGAAAAGUGUUCCCAGGGCGCCAGUUUUACGCCCGUCUUCUUAGGUGAUUUUUUUCCUUUUAGAAAAGCAGAUAAUAAAGGAACUUCUAUCGGCGAAAACCAGGAAUGGCCCGUCGGAGCUAGGAGGGCUUUGGUCCACUCGUCGCCAAACCAGCCAAACGGAUGAUUUUAAGUAGAUUUGACUGAUUUCAAGUCAAGAAUAUCACCCAAAACACUGGCAAUAUGAGGAGAUGAACAUGGAUCUUAUUUGAGGUAGUAAAACUUGAAAGCUGGCUGUACUCAACCGAUUGCAGUUGGAAGGAUUAUGAUGGGCGGGUUGAUGUUAGCAGAGGUAUGGCUCGUGACAUCGAUCCUUGUCGUCCUUUCAGCAGGCAAGUCGCUUUUGCGCCACGCUCGCCACCAACUGGAUCCUCCCGCAUCCAACAUGGACUUCGAUCACCUCCCUCUCAGAGCCUCGCCUGAGACUGACCAACUCCGCAACCCAAGACAUGGGUUUGGAUUUCGAGACGGGAUCAGCGACGAAGGGCUCAAUUUUCGACACUCGGAACACGAAGGAGAGAGGAGCAAGUACAAAGGAGCUGAGGCGGAGGAAGAGAUGAUGGCGGACGAAGGGGACAAUGAUCCGCUCGUGGUUCAGACGACGAAAGGCAAAGUUCGAGGCACCACGCUCACCGCAGCAACAGGCAAACAGGUCGAUGCCUGGCUCGGCAUACCUUACGCACAAAAACCAAUCGGGGCACUGCGGUUCCGGCACCCGCGGCCGAUCGACAAGUGGGAGGGGAUCCUGAACGCGACCAAGAUGCCCAACUCGUGCACGCAGAUCGUGGAUACGGUCUUCGGCGACUUCGCCGGCUCGGCCAUGUGGAACCCGAACACGCCCAUGUCCGAGGACUGCCUCUACAUCAACGUCAUCACCCCGAAGCCCCGGCCCCGCAACGCCGCCGUCAUGGUCUGGAUCUUCGGCGGCGGCUUCUACACCGGGACGGCCACCCUCGACAUCUACGACUACAAGAUCCUCGCCUCCGAGGAGAACGUCAUCCUCGUCUCCAUGCAGUACCGCAUCACCUGCCUCGGCUUCCUCUACUUCGACACCCAGGACGUCCCCGGCAACGCGGGGCUCUUCGACCAGUUGAUGGCCCUCCAGUGGAUCAGGAACAAUAUCCACGCCUUCGGCGGGAACCCGCACAAUAUCACGCUCUUCGGCGAGUCGGCUGGGGCGGUGUCCGUCUCCAUGCACCUCCUCUCGCCGCUGAGUAGGAACUUGUUCAGCCAGGCGAUCAUGGAGUCCGGGUCGGCGACGGCGCCUUGGGCCAUCAUCUCCCGCCAGGAGUCCAUCAUCCGCGGUCUCCGCCUCGCCGAGGCUGUCGGCUGCCCUCACACGCGCGCGCAGAUCCCUGAGGCUAUCGAGUGCCUCCGAAAGGUCAACGCGAGCGUGCUCGUGGAGAACGAGAGCGGGACCCUAGGGAUCUGCGACUUCCCGUUCGUGCCGGUCGUGGACGGCUCCUUCCUGGACGAGAUGCCGUCCAAGUCCCUGGCGACGAAGAACUUCAAGAAGACCAACAUCCUCAUGGGGAGCAACACGGAGGAGGGGAACUACUGGAUCAUGUACUACCUGACGGACCUCUUCCGGAAGGAGGAGAACAUCCACGUCUCCCGCGACCAGUUCAUCCAGGCGGUGUCCGAGCUCAACCCGUACAACUUCAUCGUGCGGCGCGCCAUCAUCUUCGAGUACACGGACUGGCUGAACCCGGACGACCCGGUGAAGAACCGCGACGCGCUGGACAAGAUCGUCGGCGACUUCCACUUCACGUGCAACGUCAACGAGUUCGCGUACCGGUACGCGGAGACGGGCAACACCGUGUACAUGUACUACUUCAAGCACAGGUCCACGAGCAGUCCGUGGCCCACCUGGUCGGGCGCCCUCCACGGCGACGAGAUCAACUACAUCUUCGGCGAGCCGCUCAACCCGACCAAGAAGUACCAGCCGGCCGAGGUGGAGCUCGCCAAGCGGAUGAUGCGCUACUGGGCCAACUUCGCCAAAACUGGUAACCCAAGUUUAUCAUCAGACGGAAGUUGGGCAUCCGUGUACUGGCCUCAACACACAACGUACGGUCGGGAGUUCUUAACGUUAGACAUAAACUCCACUGCCAUCGGCCAAGGCCCUCGUUUGCGGCAGUGCGCCUUUUGGAAAAAAUACCUGCCCCAGCUCAUCUCCACCACUAGUUACCUUGUCCCUGCCAACUCAAGCAACUGCACCAGUGCAGCGCCAAGUUCUCUCCUUCAACAUGGGUUCAAUAAAUUAUCCAGUCAUUCGUCACCGUUCAUCCUCCUCCUCGCUGUCUUUCAGUUUCUGCUGCUGCUUCUGUCGAACAGUGCCAUUUUGUAAACAACGCAACCUUUUCCUCUGCAACGGCUUCAUGUAAUCUGGAAGGAAUUUCUCAUUAUCGAAAUCAAGUUUUGCCCUGACUCUUGUUUCUUCCCCAGCUGAAAAGCGGAAAAUAGUUCCUUCGAAUAGAAUAAUCUACUGUGCUUUAUGAAUAUGUUUUCAAUGACUUGAUUUUCGCACUAUUCCUCGAUUACUUUGUCCCCAUGAUGAAACCCAGCAUCCAUUGAGAUCGGAUUUCUCGACACUAGUCAAAUUUGUGUUAUUAUUUGAACUGAUUUAGGUACUUAUUUUUUUAUAUUUAUAGGGUAGAUUUAAAAUAGAAGGGGCAGAUUAUUGUCUCUUUUUACUACUUGUUUUACAAACACAUUUUUUUUAUAAAUAUGUGACUAUUCCUCUCUUUUUUUGUGAAGAAAAAGAAGUUCCACAGGUUAUUUGACAGUCUUGAAUUCUACAUUCCUGAAUUUUGUGUUCGUUUUCUUUGUUAUCUAUACUUAUCUACUCAUCGCUCAGUUUCGCAUUCGCUUUUCAUCCAUUGAACUUAUUUCAUUUUGUUCUAUCAAGUUUUGUUGUAUGAACUCUUGAUAAGAGGAGUCGAGAAUGGUCUCACGAAUGUCAAUCCUUCUUGCUUGUGUCUUUCCUGUUGAGUUGGUUACUUUUUAAGCUUUGAGAAUUUGAUAAGAAAAUGACCUAAGACAGAAAGUCAAAGCAACUUGUGAUUAAUUUCACUCAUGUGUAGUUUCCGUAUCUGAAAUUUAUGAUGAUAUGACGUCUAAAUGGUUACGGGGUCAUUUUGAAUAUAGUUUAGUAAUGCGACUAUCGGCGUAAGUGUUGGCUUGAAGUACAACUCGGUCGUGUUUCAUGGUAAUAUCUUGCACAAAAUCAAAAAUUUUGAUAUAAAAUAUGAUACCUAUCAAUCCAAACAUAGUGUCACGUCAAUCAUUUCUGGAAACCUCGCUUUAUGGGGGACAAAAACAAUGACUGGAUGACCUAAUUCUUGAUGUACGUCCAAAUCGGGAUUAUUCUACCCUGUUCUCAUCGGUCUGUGAUGAACAUCGAUGACAAAAAUAAGGAAAUGCGUAUCUCUUUUGCAACUUUCAGAGAUCUGUUACCUUCUUGUUUUUUCCGAAAAGAAACAAUCCGGAGAACCUCCUUUUGAAUUUUUUUCGGAAAUGUUUGUUUGAUUAAAGACGACUCACAGUAAAUUUUGCGAAAAAUGCUUUGUUGGUUUUCUUUAAGGCUGGGCGAAGAUUUAUAUCCCCCAAUCGGAGGCUUACGCAUUUUUUUAAUAUAGCCAUCGAUAUGAGAGCUGCACUCCCGUUUUUUGCGAAUCUUCAGCACUAUGUAGAAAAUUUUGAUUGUCUAUAUCGAUCGAUAAUUUCUGCAUUUUAGGAUAUUUCCUAAUAAAUUCCAAGCACCAUGUCACGCUGUAGAACAUCAGGCAUUUGCACCAAAAAAACCGUCAUACUACUUUACAACGUAUGUAUCAAUAACGAGACCUAAAUUCGGUGCAGUGGCGUGGCGUGCUUUGCGUUCUAUCGAUUGAUCUGCCAUUUGAGUCUAUAAAAAAGGAUCGAUAAACAGGGUUGAUGAACGAAAACCUUAAUAAUCGAUUCUUUACCAUAGAUUCAAAAGGGAAAAUAUCGAUGAUCAAGUGCACGUUCAUGAAUGAUGACGUCUUCCAUUCUCCUCUUCUAAGACGAUAAUCCUCGCUAAAAUUAAAUGUAAAAACAAUACUUUCGUGCGGCGAGUUUAUCAUUAUUUGCUUCUCCUUUCUCAGAUAUAACAAUCAGAACACGAUCGUUCGACACGUACACUAACGUUUGGUCUUUUUAUAAUUUGAAGGUAGUUAGGUAAAUAAAAAUGCAGCGAAUCAAGGAAGUGGCAUGUUUUAUUCGGUGUCAUCCUGACACUGUAUUCCUGAAUGCAAAAAUGAUGGAAACCAUCUGUUUAGCGUUCAUUCGAAACAUUCAUUACUGCGGGGACACUUUUUAUCGAUCGUACAAUUCAUUUUUAGGCUGUUACGAUUCUUUGAAGUCGGUAUGACUGGUUUCUCUCCAUUCAAAACCACAUCCAUUCAAAGAAGCGAAACAUUUCGUUGCCACUUUGCGAGAAUCGCCCUUGAAAGUUGGCAACUAUAUUUUCCCUCCAUUUAAAUGUAAGUAAAACAAUCGAUUCUUGGUGGGACAGCUUUUCUCGCCUAUAAUCGAUACUUUUAAUAGAUUUAAAUAGAGGAAAAACACCGUUGCCAACUUGCAAAAUCGCCACCGUACUGCACUCGGUUAUGAGGGGAAUUUUGUCUGAUAGUUAUUAUUCAUGCUCAGAAUAGUUUUUAAUUUCUUCCAAUGUACGAAAAAGCCAACUACUCGCACAAUACUCAUUGAAUAGUAAAUCAGGAGGAAAUCGCACAAUUUUAAGUAAAGUGUACAGAGGAAAUUUUCUAUUUUACGUUAAAAAUUAAACAUGCAUUAGACAUUAAACAGUAUCCGAGUAGAGGACAAAAUAAUAUUAUGUAUUUAAUGUUCAGAGGAAGCGUGGAAAAUUUGAUAUGCUGGUGUGGUUAACAGCGAUUGUAAACAACUGAGGCCCUUGAGCAACUGAAUGGCGUGGCGUGAAUUGCGAUACAUCGAUGUACCUGUCAUUUAAACCUGUGGAAAAGGAUCGAUAAAAAGGGUGUUUGCAACGAACAUCUUAAUAAUCGAUCUUUUACCAUAGCUUCAAAUGGAGAAAUAACGAUAAUCGAUCUUUCACGUCUCGCCACUGACUGAAUAUCUCUCAAUCACGCCCAAUUUUGAGGGGGUAUUUGAUCAGUUAAACCUCACCUUCCUGCAUACCAAAUUGAAAAGUUGCCAAGAUGUAUUCAUGUAGAUCGUAUUCGAUAGUGGUUCGAUGUAUCGUUUGGUUCCAAACAGUAGAACAUAACCUCAAACAAAAAUUAUAAGAUCUCAUUUGGAAAUGCUGAAAAUAAGAAAAUUCCUAACAAUUUCACUUUUCAUUGCCAUUUGGGACCAGAAAGAAGCUAUGUUUACUUGCUGAACCAAUCGAUAUCGAUACAAUCUCACCUGUUUGAUGUACCAAAUACAAUGUAUAGGUCAGUCAUUCCCAGAACCAAAAUUAGAAUCUUCUGCGCAUGACGUCACUGCGCUGGCGCGAAAGCUAGAGAGCUGGGAAUCAAUGCUUUUCUCAUGAGAGAAGGCUAAUUUUCAUUGAUGAAUCAUUUAAAUAUCUUUCUUUUAAACCUUUUAAAGCUUUUUGAGAGUCGAAAAGAACGUCCAGACAUUAGCUUUCAGGGUUUUGAUUCGGCCGAAUUUACGUUUUUAUAAUUUUUAAUGAUUUUUGAAGUUAGCGCUGUACGAGCCAUUUUGUGGUAUGAAUCUGGCCUGUAAAAAUGGCUGAUGCAGAGUCAACUGUAAAAAUGAAAAAAAUAACAAAUUCGGCAAAAUCGAAACCCUGAAUGCUAAUGUCUAAACGUUCCUUUCGACACUCAAAAAGUUUCAAAGGAUUUAAAAGUAAGCAAUUCAAAUGAUUCGUUAAUACAAAUCAGUAUUCUCCAAUGAGAAAGGCAUUGUUUCCAACAUUCCUGGUUUUUACGGCAGCUAUACUAGUGGCGUGGCGUGAAUUGCGAUAUAUCGAUUGUAAUGCCAUUUAAACUUAUGGUAAAGAAUCGAUUAUUAGGGUGUUCGCUGCGAACACUGUGUUUAUCGAUCCUUUUCCAUAGGUUUAAAUGGCAUAAAAAUCAAUAUAUCGCAAUUCAUGCCACGCCACUGAGCUAUACCUACUGACGUCACGAUCCAAUGGACAAGGACAACCCCGAGCGCAAUGACAGACCUAUAUGUAUAGAUCUUGAGAUUUGCAUCAAUGAAGAUGACCCGCUCUUGCAGGAAACCAACACUGUACGACUGUAGCCAUAAUUUUUGGGUCGGACUCGUGAUUUUGUCCACAGACAUUUUAAUUUUCCAUGACCUAGGACGGUCCCCUUAUGGAUGUCACGUGCUUCGGGAAAAUUCUGUUUUUGAUUUUCAUCUUUUGUACAGUUUUGAUGUUACCCUUCGUUGUAAGAAAGUAAGAAUUUCUGUUAUUGGUGGUUAUUCAUACUUGUGUCUGAUUAGUUAUUUGUUUGUACAGUAUUAUAGAUAAAUUUUUCUCGCCAACUCUAAAAAUUUCCUAGGGAAUGUUCAUUAGAUGCUGCUCUCUAUGCCUCACUUGUAUUUAAUCAGAACAAUGCGGUCUGUUUCCUUGUAUUUACUAAGCUAAACACCUGAUCAUGCUUCAUUGAAUUAGGUUAGAUAGAUUUCAAAAUUAUUUCUGGUUCUUUUCCUUUUUUCUAUUAUGUUUUGUCAAUCAGCUCAAAAGAUAAACUACAAACUUACAAUAGGUUUUUCAUGCGGUGGCUCUAGAAUAUUAAAUGUUUGUAACGCAUUUAAUUCAAAUCGUUUGGAUUUAUUUUCUCAGUAAUUUUAUCUGGAUUCACUUUUGGUUCAUCUAUCCGUCUCUGAUUUCACCCUGAUUUGAAAGCAGAUAAAUAUACCAGAUUUAAUUCAUCGUCCACCUCACCAUGCAAAUAAUUGAAUUCUUCGACUAUUCAUCGAUUAUGACGAUUCUUCGAUCUUACCUCAUCUAAGAGAGGAAAAAAUCAAAUGGACCUUAAAAUAAAGUGCGGCCCUCCUAUUAACUUGGAAGCCUUAUAUUAUCAAUUUAACAUUUUUUAAAGCUCUCAUAUUCUUCCGUACAUAAGUCUAGAUGGCCCUCUGUGCGCAUGCAUCAGUUACAUUCAGGAACCUACAAUCCUGAUCGGUACCAUCAUCAUCUUUCACCUUAAAUUCUCAAAGAAAUUCAUCCAUAAUUGAUAAUGCUUGCAUGAUUGUAUCCAAAAAUCAUUAUAAUUUUCAUUCCGUGCCUAUAGCGUUAAUAUAAAACGUAUUGAUACCUACGUACGGAUAAGUCAGAAUUUUGAUAAUCAUGGAAAAAUUCCCCGUUUAAUGCAGGAAUAUGGCAUGAGCAUGCAGUCUGGAGAGUGGUCUGAAGAAAAUUGCCGCUACAUUUCAAACUUUAAUUUAGCUCAAAGGGCUCUUUUUCUGAAAGCGAAGUAACAAUCUAUUUAGUGUUAGUUCAAUUGACCUGCAUGUAAUUAUGAGCAGGUACUUGAUUUAUCAUAGGUAGCCUACUUUCGAGAUGGAUAAAGCCAAAAAGUGUGAUCAUAUGAUUUUGGAACUAAAUACUGCGAAGUAUUACUAAGUCUCACAUAGACUCCCUACUCAACAGAGAUUUGUGAUUUUUGCUAGUUAUUAGCCGUAGAGUUAGUCUUAUCGUAACAUAAAUAUUUGAGCUGAACCAAAUUUCCGUAAUGUUAAGUAUAAUAAAAUGGACCCGCAUAAUCCGCAGAAGUGCUUGGCAAAGCAAGCACAGUCUUGAUGUUCUAUCCCUAUUUACUUUUCUCUUAUUCUUCUUCUUAUUAUAUAGUUGUGUUGAUACUUAAAAAAAACGUCUAGGUAAAUUUUGUUAUCGUUCGUAGUUUUGAUCAUAGAUGGGCUGUGCUAGAUUAUAUUGUUCAGAGUUUCUUGGGCAUGGACGAAGAACUCAAUCCAUGGGAGUAGGUCUGUAGACUUCAGAUCCAGACAAUGCUAUUCAUUUAUGCAUACUGUAUAGUUUGACAGUGUUUUGCGGAGGAAGUUGAAACAUUUCACGUCGUGACUUGUGAGGGGUUGGUGAGAGUGCACCUGAGUUGAUAAUUAUCAGUGGCGAGGCGUGAAUGAUCGAUUAUCGAUUUGUCCCCAUUUGAAGCUGUGGUGAAGAAUCGAUUAUUAAGGUAUUCGUUGCGAACAUUCUGUUAUCGAUCCUUCUCCAUAAAUUGAAACGGCAGAUCAAUCGAUGUAUCGCAAAGCACGCCACGCCACUGAUAACUAUUUCCGCAUUAUUCACAUAGCGUGAGCUUUGAAGGAACAUCCCUUGGUCACCUGCUUCUUGGAGGCCUCAAACUGAACUAGUAAUGUAAUCGCACCUGAACUUAUAAAAAAGUGUAUCUCUUUAAAUUCCCCUGUUCCCUGGAAAUUUCUCUUUUCAAACUUCGAAUUUCACGCAUUUCUCCCCCAUUUUUUACCGAAUAUUUGAGAUUAAUGUUCCGUAAAUUCAUACCAUUCAACCACAGAUUUUUUCCUUUCCUAGCAGCAAUGGUGUACAUUUUAAGGAGAGAUUUUGUAUGAUUAAUAAAAAAUACCAUCAAAUGAGCGAUGAAGAGAGAAAGUCUAUAUCAACUUUUCAAAAAUUAAAAAUACAUCAAUAAAAUUGGAAAAAUGUAGCAUUUCUCGGGGGCUUCAGCAAGAGAAUUCUUAAUAAAACAUGGUUGUCAACAGAAAUUGAAAAUACUGAUCACUUUUUUACGAUUUUUACUAAUGAAAAAUAUCUCACCUUCAUCCGAAGGAAUGAUCUAUUUUUGUGUGAAAUCUAUUUUUCAAAUGUCUGCUAAUAAGGCAAACAAGGGACAGUUUCCUUGCGUUAUUUCACAUGUCUCCAGUAUUUUACUGUUUAAAAAAAAAAAAAAAAAAAAAAAAAAAAAAAAAAAAAAACUUGCAUUUAAAUUAAAAUCUGGCAAAAAAUUCAUCGACAAGUCGGGCGGGUUAAUAUAGAUUCCAACUGCCCGAUAAUCAAUUUUUCAGGGGGUUUCAUUUUUUGUUCUCGGGAACCAUUCAGGUGCGACAGUAAAAAUCAGUACUAGUUUACCUUAUCGGCACAAUAGAAUCAGGUUAAGGAGUAAGAAAAACACAACAACUCCCUCAGUUAUAGUAUCGCGUGCGAAAAACCCCGAACCAAGUUCAUUAUAAAUAUUGGAUGCAACUUUUCGAACUCCACGGAUAUCCGCGUUGCAUACGCCCGGAAAUGAAGGCGUUUUGACACUCUGUGGAUUUCACGCUUUAUCCGCGGUGGUGAGGCAGUAUUUAUUAAGAAGAUCGCAGAUGGCGGAGAGCCUUCCAUUCUUCGUUUAGAUACUAAAAAGACGAAAGUGCGAAAAGCUACGAUACAAAUCAUGCUCGCCUAAGAUAUGUAUUUGUAGUAUAUGAAUGAAGAAUUGAAAACGAUCUAUUUAUUUCGAUCUGUCCCUACUGCCGUAAUUCAACUUGCGAGCCGUUGUAAGAUCAUGCGCCGUAGUAAAAUUACAUGUGGUUAAACUAUCAUGUAUGCAUCACAUCUGUUUAAGCAUACGCUCUGUAUCUGACCAAGACCUCCCUCCUUUUCAUUUAUCGUUUUUCGUUUUCUUUAUACUUAGGGUACAGUGGCGCGGCGUGCUUUGCGCUAUAUCGAUUGCUAUGCCAUUUAAACCUAUGGAAAACGAUCGAUAAACAGGGUGUUCGCAGCGAACACCUUAAUAAUCGAUAUUUUACCAUAGGUUUAAACGGCAUAACAAUCGAUAUAUCGCAAUUAACGCCACGCCACUGUUAGGGUAAUGUGUAGUUUGCCAACGAUCCACGUUUUUAAUACGGAACUUUCCUCCACGUUGAGGCUGAUAAAUUCUGUCCAAAAACGUUGUGCCAGUUUUUGCGGUCAAAUAACUCGGGAUCAACAGCAUCAAUGCCAACCUCAGUAGCGAGGCGUGAUUGAUCGACUAUCGAUAUUUUCCCAUUUGAAGCUACGGUACAGAAUCGAUUAUUAAUGUGUUCGUUGCGAACACCCUGUUUAUCGAUCCUUUUCCAUAGGUUAAAAUGGCCGAUCAGUCGAUAUAUCGCCAAGCACUCCACGCCACUGGCCAACUUGGUACUCAAAUGCGGAAGACUCCGAACGUAGUUACGUAUUUUGAAUUUUCCUAGGCCUCGACAUAACCAACUCGCUUUUGAGCGGAGGUGCAAAGGCGAGUAUAAAAAGAACGGAACUUUUGGAAAAUGCUACCAAGAGAUAAAUUGAAAGAUAUAACGGGAUUUCAAUUGAGAAAUAAUUUCGUAAUUAGUGUAUCGGGAUCAUUUUGUCGUGACGGAGUUGGCAUUGUCAGUCUUAUUUGACCGCGGAAAAUCGCUUGUCAAUUCCAUUAAAAAUUAGCCAGAAUAGCUUCAUCUCUUGUUCUUAACUCUCUCAAACCUUUCGCAUAGAAGAAGAUAGUAACGUAAGAACUGAAAGUAAUCGUUUUCUAUAAAAUAAAGUAUCAUAUUCAGUCUCGAAUACUUUGGCUUGAUUAGGCACCUACCCAUGUUCAUCAUUGUCCAGUCCAUAACAAAUUACCCAGUGGCGUGGCAUGCUUUACGAUGUAUCGAUUGAUCUGUCAUUUAAGCCAAUGGUAAAGGAUCGAUAAACAGGGUGUUCGCAACAAACACUUUAAUAAUCAAUUAUUUACCAUAGCUUCGAAUGGGGAGAUAUCGAUAAUUGCUCAUACACGCCUCGCCGCUGGACUUAUCCCUGGAGAAGCAUCAUGAAGUUCCUCCCAGAAUUUUCUACAAUCUUGCUCAAAUAACUGACUCCAAAGAUACUUAUCCUGGAAACCAAAUUUUUAUUGAUAUUUGGAAAUUUGAGGUGUCCUCUGUUUGUGUUUUAAAAGAGUAAGUAUCCCUAAGAUAAUUUGAUUUAUUUGUCUUCCCUAAAUUUAUCAGAAGUCUCCUAACUAAAUUUUUUAUCAUUCAGCCAAAUUUCACUUCACAAAAUAUAUCGUGUCCAGCCAAAAUGAUGUGUGACUCAAAUGAUUUUUUUAGAGAAUAUCCAUUCCACCUACUGUUAGUAAGAAUACGUGUUUUUUAUGAAUAAAUAAUUCCUUGAACGCAAAGGAAAAAAGGAAUAAAACUUGAUAAUCCUUUAAUCGGAAUGCUUAGAAUUUUGACGUAACCCAAGUCCAGUAGCAAAGCUAAAAAAUGGAUACAUCCGAAAGUUAGUAUAAAUGAAGAUAAAAAAUUCGGCUGAUUGCCAUUUCUUUUUUCAGUUCUUUCGUAAAAAAAAGUAUCAUCCCUCCCCUCGUAUCGUGGAUUCCUUCUUCUAUUAAUUUCCCUCAGAUAAAAUUCGGUUGUACAUGGCAAAAUAAUUCUUAUUUUUUUUUCAGUUCAUGAAAACCUUAUUCGCAAUUUAAAAUCAAUUUAGGCCCCCAAGUUAUCCUCCAAGUCGAUAUAACAAAAAUUUACAAAACGCUUUAAUUCUACUUAGUAGAUGAACCGUAAUUAUAAAUCAAGUAAAUGUGAAAGCAGGACACCAUUCAUAUGAUAAUUAAAAAUAGGACUAAUCUAGUAAAAAAGUUAAGUGCGUUUCCAAAAUUCAUUGGAAUUAUUUCACGCUGCACGUUGCAGAUGAGAGGAGUAUACAUUAAAGAAUGUCUAGUCUCCUUCACGCUUCUUUUUUGAUUUUUCUCUGAUAUAUAAAUAAUAAAAUAGGAAUAGCAACUUUUAAGAGUAAGCCUACAGAAGUGAACCAAAA